AUGAGGGCUAUUGAAGUCUUAGCAGUCCUUAUUUUAUUGUUCUCUAUCAUGAUCCACGGUAGCUUGGCCACUCAAACCCCACCACCUCCGGUGACUGAAGCAACCCUUGAGGGAGUGGCUGCUUCUCUGCAAAUGUUUGUUGAUGAACUCCCACAAAUUCCCAAGCUCUACGGUUUCUCAAUGGAAAAUGGCUCAGCAGUAACUGGAUUUCUCACCAUAGGCAUGUUCCAGAAGAAAUGGAAGUUCCACCGGGACUUGCCUCCAACGAGAGUUUUCGCUUACGGUACGUCCAAAGCUACAGCUACCAUACCCGGACCCAUGAUCAAGGCCUUGAAAGGGGUAUCAACAUCAGUGACGUGGAAAAAUCACCUCCCUCGAAGCCACAUCCUCUCGUUGGACCGGACCUUAACCACUGCUACACCUAAGUAUGGUGGAGUCCCCACGGUGGCCCAUCUCCACGGUGGGAUCCAUCCCCCCCAAGUCGAUGGCAACCCGCUUGCCUGGUUCACCUCCAAUUUCAAAGAGACCGGAUCCGGCUGGACCCAAAGAACCUAUACCUACCCGAAUGUCCAAAAUGCCGGGAACUUGUGGUAUCAUGAUCACGCUCUUGGGAUAACACGUGUCAACCUUCUUGCGGGCCUGCUCGGACCUUAUACCAUCCAUGACCCUUCGAUUGAAAAUCCUUGGAAUCUCCCAACCGGGUCGAAUUUUGACCGGAAUUUGAUGGUUUUUGAUCGGAGCUUCUACAAAAAUGGAUCCCUCUACAUCAACUCAACGGGUGAUAACCCGUCCAUCCACCCACAAUGGCAACCCGAAUACUACGGUGUUACCGUUAUCGUCAAUGGUAAGGUGUGGCCAUUCCUUAAGGUGCAAAGAAGGAAGUAUCGUUUCAGGAUCACCAACGCCUCCAAUGCACGAUACUAUAAUUUCUCCUUAGAUGAUGGCCUCCCAUUCGUCCAAUUGGGAUCUGAUGCAUCUUACCUAAACUCACCCGUCACAACCCAAACUAUACUCCUGGCUCCAGCCGAGAGUGCAGACGUUGUCAUAGACUUCUCUGCCUCCAAAACCAAAGAGAUCGUGUUGACCAACAAUGCACCAUACCCGUACCCGACAGGAAACCCGGUGGAUCAGCUAAAUGGGAAAGUAAUGAAGUUCAUUGUUUUACCCAAUAAAAAGUCCGAUAUUGAUGAUGAAGAUAAUUCCGCAAUCCCGGCAAAGCUAGUGAAUUACCCGGCCGCAACAACCGAUGGUGCGGCAAAAACAAGGUAUAUAACAUUGUAUGAGUAUGAUGACACAAAAUCGGGUAACCCGACCCAUAUCUAUAUUAAUGGGAAAAGCUUCUUGGAUCCGGUGAUGGAAACACCGAAAAUCGGUAGCACCGAGGUGUGGGAGGUGAUAAACCUGACCCCAGAUAAUCACCCAUUGCACAUACACUUGGCUACAUUUGAGGCGAUCAAGGUGCAGCAACUGGUGGAUGUUGAUACGUUCAAGCAGUGCAUGACAACAAAAUACGAUGCAAUGGCAUGCAACGUGACAGCCCAUGCAACUGGGGAAUUGGUAAGCAUAGUAGAGUAUGAGAAGACAUGGAAGAAUGUAGUCAAAAUAAUGCCUUUUUAUCAAACUACUGUGGUCGUCAAGUUUACUAUGGUGGAGACCAAUGGAACGUAUCCCUUCAACGUAACAGCUGCACCUGGAUAUCUCUACCACUGUCAUAUUUUGGACCAUGAAGAUAACGAGAUGAUGCGACCAUUGAAGAUGGUUCUUUGA